AUGUCCCAGAGAAAGCGAUACUCAUUGAACGUCGUCACGUCCCCGUCGAUACCGUCACCGACACCCAGUGCACCGAUACGGACUAACGAAUCCAAUUGGGAAGCUGCUUCGCCAGCGAGUGCUGCAUCUUCAUUUCUCCCGAAUGUUCAUCAUGGUGGCACGGUUUUGAAUCCUGGGUUGGGCAUAAUGAGGUCACCUUCGUUGAACAAGUCUGGUGCGUUUGGCCGGUCCGGCAGCAGUGGUUCCAGUACAGUAAUAGAACCGUCCAACAUAAAGUUGCUGCUAAUUGGAGAUGCAAACGUAGGGAAGACAGCUAUGAUUUUGAGCUAUUGCCGGGAACUGUUGACACGAGCGGAAAUGUCACGAUCGGCGCGACUGAGGCACCAGCAGCAGCAACAGCAUAAAGACUUAGGAUUGAAGAAAACUGUGGUGAACCAUAGAUUAAGCAUGAAAGAGAAAAGAAAACGGUACAGCUCUAACGAUUUUGAAAAGGAGUUCAAAGAUAUUAAUCAUUUUGCAGACGAAACAAGCGAUUUCGGAAACCCGAACAUCGGUGAUGAUAACAACCACGAAAUGGCGGAUCCUAAUGAGAUUGUCAUCGAAACCAGAAGUACUAUCGGAAUAGACAUCAAGACGAACUUGGUCAACAUAGAUAACCGGUUUUUUAAUGUCAUACUGUGGGACACUGCGGGACAAGAACGGUACCAAAACGCAAUCAUUCCAUCACUGUACAAGAAGACUAAUGCGGUGAUAUUAACUUACGAUAUAACAAAUGCGAAGUCCUUCCAAAGCUGUAUGGAGCGGUGGAUAGUUCAGGCGUUGGAAAACUUUUCUUCCCAGGAUUUGUUAAAAGCAAGAUUUUUUCUGGUGGGUAACAAGAUUGACCUUUAUAAGGAAAGGCAGGUAACCCAUUAUGAUGUGGUGCAAAUGGUUCAGGAAAUGCAACUGAAACAUGGUAUUAAAAUUUCGGGAAACUUUGAAGUAAGCUGUAAAUGGGUCAACGUGGUGGAGAGAACCAUGAAUAUGAUAAUACUAGACCUGGUUGAGAACGGAUGUUUCGAAAACAAUGAUCCUUGUGUGUCGAUUACAACAUCUGACGACGUCCAGGGACAUGAGCAAGAAUUCCACGAUACAGUAGAAGAGCCUUUCAAUUUCACUCGGCAACGUCAACACCAACUUGAAAAAAAUAACACAGUGGAUAUUACAAAACCUAAUGACGACAUUGCAAAUAAUCAAUCAAUUUGUUGCGUUUAG